UGAAAAACAAUGUCAAUAACAAGAGAUAGUCAUGACAACUUGGUUGUAUUAUCUAAGCUCAAGGCUAAUUAUACACUCAUCUGGUUGCAUGGACUUGGAGACGACGAGUUUGGAUUCACAGAUGUGUUUACUUCUCACUUCAGUCCUUUGACUGAUAGAACAAGAGUGGUUCUUCUUAAUGCUCCUGAAAGAAAAUGAAAAAUUGCGUUUGGGCAAGAAGUCAGCUGAUGGUUUGACAUCACAGGAUUCAACUUCUUGAGAGAUAAAACUCAAAUCAACUUUGACCAUGUCAAUGAGCAAAAGGAUCUGAUCAUUGAAGUUAUUGAAAGAGAGGUUGAGAAUCUUGGUGGAGACCCAUCAUCAGUUUUUAUUGGAGGAUUUUCUCAAGGAGCAGCUCUUGCCUUCUAUACUGCUUGUGAGUAUGAAAAAGUGCUUGGAGGAUGCAUUAUGCUUUCAGGGCAUUCUCUUUAUGAUGACCCAGAAACCCAAAUACCAGAGUCCAAGAAAGAACUUCCAAUUUUUGCUUAUCAUGGUAAAUUUGAUAUGAAACUCCCGUACAAAGCAUCCUUCUGGUAUGCCGAAAGAUUAUCGGAACUUGGAUUCAAUAUUGAAUUUCACACUGCUUCAAAAAUGGGUCACACUGUAGAAGAGGAGGAACUUGAAGUAUUAACAGAGUUUAUGACUAAAAUAGCUCCAGAGAAAGAAACUUAA